AUGAGCCAGAGUUAUUCACCUAACGAGGAGCAGGACUACACCUACACUCCGAGUAGUCAAUAUGGGAUUUCCCAGCCAUCUCUGCAUUCAUACUCGACUCACCUGCUCUCUCCGUACAGCCAAACAUCGUCGGUUUCUUCCCAAGGCUCCCAUUUAGGUCCCCACUACGCUACAUCGCAUGCAGUGUAUUCUCAAACGCAACAGCAUUCUCAACUGACUCAUAGCUAUCCGUACCCCACUCAGUAUCUCGCCCAGUCAAGAUAUCCUACUUCUCAUAGGUAUCUUGCCUUUCCAGACCAGCUUCGGGAUGUUGAGAUUGAAAGGCAGGAGUCAUGUAAUGAGCUUUCGAUGGCCUCUGAACCAGUGCUGCCGCCCUUGGAAGGCUUCCCAGACGUUGUGGAAUUCGACCAACUAGUGGCCAGUCAGUUUAGAAGCACUAUUUCUGAUGCAAUAUCUUCGUUGCUUCUAAGUUACGUCCAGGAUCUAUCGGUUAAAAAACAAGACAAAGCCUUGAUACAUUCAAGAAGGGCACGAAAUAUCAAAACAGUGCUCAUAGACCCUAAAAAUACCGCCGUUGAAUCUGCACAAUUUCGAUUUUGGGUCAAGAAGAUGUUCAAACUUGAACCCAACGAUGGCAGAACGCCUGAAUCGAAACGGUUGAUCUGCCAUGAAGGGAAGCCAGUUGCUAUUCGGGAGAAACUGUUCAAAAUUUUGACAAGAGCACACCAGCAAUGCCAACAUGGAGGCCGAGACAAGACCUCAGCUCAGGUUCGGAGGAUGUAUUCUUGGGUCCCGAAAGAGCUAAUCUCCCGCUUCGUUAAAAUCUGUCCAACCUGCCAGGUCCGCCGGGGUGGUUCACGUCUAACACCCCCGAACUCCCGCAGAUGCUCUCCAAAAUUAACAACCCUACCGAACCCUCAGCUCCUCUCUCCGCCAGGUUCCCGACGCGACUCUGUAAUCAACCGUCCCGGUGCCGCAAACGGAAGAUCCCAGAAUGAGUAUCCCUCUCACAUCCAAGGCUCAAGUUGGGGCCAAGGCAAUAGCCACAAUGGUCCCGGAAGCCAUCAUCACCUGCACCACAGCAGCCAGUACCAACACCAUGUCAACCCAUUAGCUCCAACUGGCCUGGGCACGCUGCCCAGAUCCAUUUCGAGUUCCAUGGAAGGCAUACCAAGCGGGGGGAUGCAUUUGCCACAUCUGGAUUACCAUCCUACGUACGAGGAGGCUAAUGGGAUUCCCGAUUCGCAAUAUUGA